CUACACUACACAAGAGAAGGAAGUAAUUGAUGGCUCAUCUUUCUCUCUUUAUUUUCUCAAACUUCUUUCUAAAAGCUGUUUGAAUAAAGAUAAUCGGUGACCUUAGCCGCCGGUUACUCUCUUUCUCUUUGCUUUUUGUUGUACAUGUCGGAGGCAACUUCGGUUCCACUUCGUCGUUUAAUGAUCAUUUUGAGCUCAAAUUAGAAGAACUGGCGAGCAUUGCAUGUGGGUUUCAAGACGGGUACGACGACAGAGCUUCAUGCGUCAUUUCCAAAUAGACGAUCAGAGGGAUGAUCGGAAAGUUGAACGGAGCACCGGUGAACAGAACUGGAUGGAUGACUCGGGAAACUUCUCACCCCCAAUGACCAGCCCUUUCCUUAGCACUUGUAACGUUUGUAUUAUAGUUAUCUAUGAUUUGACAUUUUUUUUGUCUUUUAACUGGGGUUCUUAUCUUCGUCAUUAAUCCAAGUCUCUUAGCUGGAGUUUUUAUUUUUGGCUAAGAGAUGGUUCUUAGCUUUUCUUAGAUUUUAACUAAGAAAAGUUAAGAACCGUCUCUUAAAUAAAAGAUAUAAAAGCUGUCUCUUAGCCAAAAAAUGUAAUAAAAAAAUAAAAAAACAAAAAAUAUCAAAUCAUGAAUUAAGAACCCCGGCUAAGAGACCAGGGUUAAUGAUGCCCUUAAGUUUUGUAUUGGGCUCUUAAUGUUUGUAUUGGUCUUUAGAAUCCACUUGUACUAUUAAGCUUUUAUAAAAAGCAAUUAAAAAAAUGACUACACAAGAAAAGCCAAGACAUUAUUAUAGACAAGUCCAUUAACCCAUAUGUUUAGGGUUUCUUAGAGCAUGAUUAUCAGUGAUUUGGGUUUUGGGUUUCUUAAUUUUUUUUUCUUUUUGUCUGAUUAAAAAAAUAUAAAUGAAAAAAUGAACCAAUCGCCGACCACCACGUGUCAGUGGGGCCGCGAAUAAUGUUUGGUGACUUCUGUCACCAGUUUUUGUGUGUUUUGUAGGUUCCCCCUCUAAAAAACUCCUAAACUCUCCCGAUAAACAUGGUCUUACCACCCAUGUCGGUUUUGUUUUAGCAAAAAAGAACACUUAUAAGAUUCUACCAAACGAGAUUUUGGUAAAUUCUCUUUACUUGGAAAAGCCUUAGUUUAGCUUUUCUCUCUCGACUAAAAAUGAUCGCCACUUGAUAUCUUCUGGCUGCUCCACUUUACCAUGUUGUCUUUGUGGCCUCCUUCUUUCAUAUUCAAGAUUCUAUUUUGUAUCCGUUGCAUUAUCUUCACUUGCAAAAUAGAGUGGAAGCCAUGAGGUAUUAUCUCAGUCAAAUCCAAUACUGGUCGCUGGAACAUACAUAACUAGGGAAAACCAAAUGGCCAUGAAAAUUGCAAGGACUGUUACCAGAGACCAGAGAUCACAGCCCUCCUCAGCUCAUCAUGUUCCCCUCAAUGAGUAGGCUGGUCAACAGGGGCGAAGCUAGACUUAUAUUUCAUUGUGGGUGCAAUAAUAAUGAAAUUCCAUUUUAUCUAAUCUCUAAUUUUUACUUUACAAAAAUAAUCAAAAAUGAAAAUUCAGUGGGUGUCUACUACUUGGCUUUGCCCCUGCCGGUCAGUAAAUGCUAGCACCUUGACCUUGAGAGUUAGUACAAAAGUCAGUCUAUUGGUUGGUAUUACCUCAAUCCUUCUAGGUUUUAUUUUAUAUGUUCUUUUCAGUUCGGGUUCUAUAUAUAUCUGCUCUUUUAAACUUUUAUGUCAUGUAUACUGGUAAUUUCGUUUUUGUUUAUCUUCAUCUUUUAAACUCAACAGUGUGAAAAAAUAUAUAUAUGUAUUCUCCCAAACAGUUCGGUGCAAAGAGUAUUUAUAUUGAUAGAUCAUGCAUAUGUGUAUCAUAUACUUUUGACAAAUGAUUUGAUUAGAGACUCCACCUCAGAUAGUUUUAUAUAAUGAAAACAACAAUCAAUGGUUCUCCAUGAACAAAGUUUUAAGCAUUUCCUCAGCAUAAGCAUUGGCUCACAUUUUUUCUUCCUUUUUGAUGGUGAGAGAAGUGUAUGUGUGUAUACCCGCCAAGUUAGGCUCUCCAAACAAAAAAACUUAAAAUUAGAAAAUUCAACGUAAAAAAGAAAACAAAAUUAAAGGAGAAAAUUAGGAAAUAAAAAGAAGAGUUCUUUAUAACAAACCUUAUUUCAUUGUCCCAAGAAAAAAAAAGAAAAAGAAGACAAAGAAGAUAGUCAAAUGAGAAUACAUUCUUCUAAUCAUCCAUGGCUUUUACUAGCCAUUCUCGUUGUUCUCCUCUGCUUCCCUGGAGCUCUCUCAAGCAAGGACGAGGAGAAGGCAACCUCGAAGAACACGAAGAAAGAAGUAACUUAUGAUGGAACGUCUUUGAUCAUCAAUGGAAAAAGAGAAUUGCUUUACUCUGGCUCCAUACAUUACCCUCGUAGCACUCCUGAUAUGUGGCCCAAGAUUAUUAAGAGAGCAAAACAAGGUGGUUUGAACACGAUUCAAACAUAUGUUUUUUGGAAUUUUCAUGAGCUUGAACAGGGGAAGUUCAAUUUUUCGGGUAGAGCCGAUUUGGUGAAGUUUAUAAAACUGAUUGAGAAGAAUGGUAUGUACGUAACCUUGAGGCUUGGACCAUUCAUUCAGGCUGAAUGGACUCAUGGGGGACUUCCUUACUGGCUUAGAGAAAUUCCCGGGAUCUUCUUCCGUACAGACAAUAAACCAUUCAAGGAACAUACAGAGAGGUAUGUUAGGGUGAUACUUGAUAUGAUGAAGGAGGAGAAGCUUUUUGCUCCACAAGGAGGACCCAUCAUAUUAGGACAGAUAGAGAAUGAGUAUAGUGCUGUUCAACGUGCAUAUAAAAACGAUGGAUCAAACUACAUUAAGUGGGCAUCUAAAUUGGUACAUUCUAUGAAUUUGGGGAUCCCAUGGGUUAUGUGUAAGCAAAAUGAUGCUCCUGAUCCUAUGAUCAACGCCUGUAAUGGAAGACAUUGUGGUGAUACAUUCCCUGGUCCCAACAGAGAGCACAAGCCAUCUUUAUGGACAGAGAAUUGGACUACUCAGUUCCGCGUUUAUGGCGAUCCUCCGGUGCAACGAUCUGUAGAAGAUAUAGCCUUUUCUGUAGCCCGGUUCUUUUCCAAGAAUGGAAGCCAUGUUAACUACUACAUGUAUCAUGGAGGUACUAACUUUGGAAGAACCUCUGCUCAUUAUGUAACCACUCGUUACUAUGAUGAUGCACCUCUUGAUGAAUACGGAUUGGAAAAGGAGCCUAAGUACGGUCAUCUAAAACAUCUUCACAACGCACUUAACUUGUGCAAGAAGGCACUUCUCUGGGGCCAAUCUCGAACUGAGAAGCCUGGCAAAGACACAGAGAUAAGAUACUACGAGCAGCCUGGAACUAAAGUUUGUGCAGCGUUUCUAGCUAACAAUAACACAGAAUCUGCAGAAAUAAUCAAAUUCAGGGGCAAGGAUUACGUUAUACCGCCUCGUUCCAUCAGUAUUCUCCCUGACUGCAAAACUGUUGUGUAUAGCACCGGAGAGAUUGUCUCUCAUCACACUGCAAGGAACUUUAUGAAGUCAAAGAAGGCAAAUAAGAAGUUUGAUUUCAAAGUGUUCACCGAGACCGUUCCACAGGAGCUUAAAGGUGAUUCUUAUGUCCCCGUUGAGCUCUAUGGCUUGGCCAAAGACGAGUCUGAUUACGGAUGGUACACAACAAACUUCAAGAUAGAUGAUAGUGACCUUAAGAAGAAGGGAGGCAAGCCUACUGUGAGGGUUGCUAGUCUUGGCCACGCGUUGCAUGCCUGGCUCAAUGGAGAAUACCUUGGAAACGGACAUGGUAGCCAUGAUGAGAAGAGUUUCGUCUUUCAGAAGCCGAUUGCACUAAAAGAAGGAGAUAACCACCUCACCAUGCUAGGGGUUUUAACAGGAUUUCCAGACAGUGGGUCUUAUCUGGAGCAUAGAUUCACAGGUCCACGUAGUGUUUCCAUCUCAGGGUUGAGCUCUGGACCAAUGGAUCUUACUGAGAAAAGCAAAUGGGGAAACAAGGUGGGUAUGGAAGGCGAAAAGCUCGAUAUUCACACCGAGAAAGGACUGAAGAAGGUUAAGUGGGAGAAAUUCUCAGGAAAAGCACCAGGACUUACAUGGUACCAGACAUACUUUGAUGCGCCAGAAAGCCUAAGCCCUGCAGCAAUAAGGAUGAAUGGAAUGGGAAAGGGUUUGAUUUGGGUUAACGGAGAAGGUGUUGGUCGAUAUUGGAUGUCGUUUUUAUCUCCUUUAGGCAAGUCAACACAAAUCGAGUAUCAUAUCCCUAGGUCUUUCUUGAAGCCCAAGAAAAAUCUUCUGGUUAUAUUCGAGGAAGAACCAAAUGUGAAUCCAGAGCUUAUCGAUUUUGUCAUCGUCAAUAGAGACACCGUGUGUUCUUACAUUGGAGAAGACUACACUCCUAGUGUCCGACACUGGGCUAGGAAGAAUGACAAUGUCCAGGCCAUCACUGAUGAUGUGCAGCUCACGGCUAAUCUCAAAUGUUCCGGCACUAAGAAGAUCUCCGCGGUGGAAUUUGCUAGCUUUGGAAACCCUACUGGGAGUUGCGGAAACUUCACCCGUGGAUCUUGCCAUGCUCCUGUCACUAAACAAGUCGUCGAGAAGUAUUGUUUGGGUAAAGCAGAAUGUGUGAUUCCGGUUAACAAGAGCACCUUCCAGGAAGAUAAAAAGGAUUCAUGUCCCAAAGUUGUGAAGACGCUUGCUGUGCAAGUCAAGUGUGGCCGUCCAAAGAAGAACUAAGUAUAUAUAUCUAUACUUGCUUCGCUGAACUGUUUUGUAUUUCAUGUUGUGUAGAUACAAAAGCUAUGCAUUGUUUUGUUGUUCCAUUUUUGAAUUUAUUAAGUAAAACGUAUAUUAUAAGAUGUAACGAAUUUUGAAAUUAUUCCUUAUAAACUAUAACUAAAUUUGGUA